AUGAUGGAAGGGAACCAAACUGUCUUCUCCUGGUUCCUGCUCCUGGGCCUGCCCAUGCCCCCAGAGCACCAGCACCUGUUCUAUGCCCUGUUCCUGGCCAUGUACCUCACUACUGUCCUGGGGAACCUCAUCAUCAUCCUCCUCAUUCACCUGGACUCCCAUCUCCACACACCCAUGUAUUCCUUACUCAGCAACUUGUCCUUCUCUGACCUUUGUUUUUCCUCAGUCACAAUGCCCAAAUUGCUGCAGAACAUGCAGAGUCAAGUUCCAUCCAUCCCUUAUGCAGGCUGCCUGGCACAAAUGUACUUUUUCUUGCUUUUUGGAGACCUUGAGAGCUUCCUCCUAGUGGCCAUGGCCUAUGACCGCUAUGUGGCCAUCUGCUUCCCCCUUCAUUACACCAGCAUCAUGAGCCCCAAGCUCUGUGUGAGUCUGGUGGUGCUGUCCUGGGUGCUGACCACCUUCCAUGCCAUGCUGCACACCCUGCUCAUGGCCAGAUUGUCAUUCUGUGAGGACAAUGUGAUUCCUCACUUUUUCUGUGACAUGUCUGCUCUGCUGAAGCUGUCCUGCUCUGAUACCCAUGUAAAUGAGUUAGUGAUAUUUAUAACUGGAGGCGUCAUUCUUGUCAUUCCAUUUGUGCUCAUCAUUGUGUCCUAUGCACGAAUUGUCGCCUCUAUUCUCAAGGUUCCUUCUGCCCGAGGUAUCCGCAAAGCCUUCUCCACCUGUGGCUCCCACCUGUCUGUGGUCUCACUCUUUUAUGGGACAGUCAUUGGUCUGUACUUAUGUCCAUCAGCCAAUAAUUCUACUGUGAAGGAGACAGUCAUGGGUAUGAUGUAUACAGUGGUGACCCCCAUGCUGAACCACCUUGAGAGCUUCCUCCUAGUGGCCAUGGCCUAUGACCGCUAUGUGGCCAUCUGCUUCCCCCUUCAUUACACCAGCAUCAUGAGUCCUAAGGUAUGUGUGAGCCUGGUGGUGCUGUCCUGGGUGCUGACCACCUUCCAUGCCAUGCUGCACACCCUGCUCAUGGCCAGAUUGUCAUUCUGUGAGGACAAUGUGAUUCCUCACUUUUUCUGUGACAUGUCUGCUCUGCUGAAGCUGUCCUGCUCUGAUACCCAUGUAAAUGAGUUAGUGAUAUUUAUAACUGGAGGCGUCAUUCUUGUCAUUCCAUUUGUGCUCAUCAUUGUGUCCUAUGCACGAAUUGUCGCCUCUAUUCUCAAGGUUCCUUCUGCCCGAGGUAUCCGCAAAGCCUUCUCCACCUGUGGCUCCCACCUGUCUGUGGUCUCACUGUUUUAUGGGACAGUCAUUGGUCUGUACUUAUGUCCAUCAGCCAAUAAUUCUACUGUGAAGGAGACAGUCAUGGGUAUGAUGUAUACAGUGGUGACCCCCAUGCUGAACCCCUUCAUCUACAGCCUGAGGAACAGAGACAUGAAGGGAGCUCUUGUCAGAGUAUUUUGUAAGAAGAAAAUGAUGGUAUGA